UCUCAACAUGAAAUCCUCUCUUUUUGUUUUAGUUGUGUUCUGUUGUUAUUUUACACUUUUUGGUUGGACUAGCAACGUUUUCUUUCAAGAUCAUAGACUGCAGAGAAGCACAGUGGAAGAAACAAAGAACACUGGAUGUGAUCUGUUUCACUCGUCCUAUGUAACAUUGAAAUACACGGCCAUUGUGUUCUACAGUCAAAGAUUGGCAUUCAGCUCUUUAGAUGACAUUGAAAGACUGUUUAAUGAGCUGAGAUCCUUUAUUGCUAGCUGUUGUGCUGAACAACCUCAUCUUGAGUGCUUCUUCAGUAAAGAUAUAAUUAUUCAAGGAAGAAUUUGUGAAGAUAGAAUAUCAAAGUCCAAAAACAAACAAGCUCUUCCAUGUUGUGACCAAGAUCAUUUGCAAAGAGAGAGAUGUUUCUUGAACUUGCAAAAUAAUUAUACUGUACCUCUGCCUUCAUUGGGAGAAGACCACGUCAGCUACGGCGAGGAAUGUCUUUCGUGGACUGUAGAUAAACUUGGAUUUAUUGAAAGCUACCUCCACGAAUUUACCAAAAGACUUAGAAAAUUCUCUCUCCCUUUAACUAUAAAUAUGUUCUAUCCGUUCCUUCUGAUAUACGUGAAAUGCUGUGAAAGAUCUGAAAAACUAGAGUCUUGUUUUUCUGCUGAAAAAAAGUUUUUUCCUCUAAUUAUGGGAAACAAAAUAAAAGUAGAAAAUCAAAUGUGUGAUGUAACCAGACAGUGGGAACAAGAACCCGGGGCUUUAAUAUUUUAUGCCAAAAUGAAACCUGGUGACUCACUGGAGAAAGCUCUACAAUUUCAGGAAAAUAUUAUGGCACUUGCUUUUCAAUGUUGUGAACCAGAAACUUUGACUUCAGAAUGCUUUGAGCCAUGGUCUGAUGUCCUCUUGGCUCAUGUUUGCUUGCGGAUGGAUGAUACUUUGCAGAAGACCUGCUGCCUUAAAAGCAAUCCUGAAAAACAAACUUGUUUAACGGAAUUAGCAAUCCAGGAAUCCAAGACCAUAUCCAAUAUAACUAUUGAGAAAGAUCAAAUAUGUAAACUUAGUAACGAUUCUCAGCUAUUGAACUGGAUUGCUUAUGAAUAUCCCAGAAGAAAUCCGAGUAAAUCUUUCAUAACCAUUCUAAAGUUUGUUACCAUCCUAAACACAGAGACUGCACGUUGUUGUUUUUCAAAUGACACAGAUUCAUGUGGCCUUACAAACUUUCACACAUAUUUUGAUCUUUGAGUGUUUUAUGCAAUUAUUGAACUUUGCUCUUUUUAUUUUGAAUUGUGUUCAAAAUAAAAAUAAAAAAAAAACGAUUUUAAUACCAAACAAAUAAAAAACAAAUAUUUACAUUUUCUUAUACAUACAAGGUAACACAUUAAAGGCCAUGAGAGCUGUAAUAAAUUUUAAUUUUUGUAUCCAAAGCUAAAGAGAAUUUGCAGAAAUUUAUGUCUACCUCUUCUAGGAAAGAAUGCCCUUUACAACUAGUAUAAUAAAAUGUGAAAUACUUCUAAAACAUGUGAAA